CUGAGGGCAAGGGCAAACCUUUUUCCCCUUGUUCUUUCCCCCCUCCUCUCCCCCUUGUUUACGGAUUCAAGAUCAAGCUCAGGAGGGACGGAGCUGAAGCGCCUGCCCGCCCGCCAAGGAGGCGGAAAUUACUCUCCUUUUCUGCUCGCUCCUCUCCCCUCUUCCCUUUUUACCGGUUCAAGAUCACGCUCAGGACGGACGAUAAAGUUACGAACGGACAAUGCUAUUCGGGUGGCUCGUGCGCGAUCGCACCACUGGAAGGGCGCGGAGCUGAAGCGGCUGCGCGGCAAGGAGGCGGAGAUCAGGCGGCAGCAGCAAGACUUCCGGCAGAAGCUCGCCUGGAUCAUGGCCAAACGCGCCAGGGUCCUGGGGAUGGUGAGGCGGCAGCAGCAAGACUUCCGCCAGAGGCUCGCCUGGAUCAUGGCCAAACGCGCCAGGUGGGUGGCAUGUGAUGCUAGGUGGAUGGCAUGUGACGCAAGGUGGGUGGGAUGUGAUGCUAGGUGGGUGGCAUGUGAUGCUAGGUGGGUGGGAUGUGAUGCUAGGUGGGUGGGAUGUGAUGCUAGGUGGGUGGGAUGUGAUGCUAGGUGGGUGGCAUGUGAUGCUAGGUGGGUGGGAUGUGAUGCUAGGUGGGUGGGAUGUGAUGCUAGGUGGGUGGCAUGUGAUGCUAGGUGGGUGGCAUGUGAUGCUAGGUGGGUGGGAUGUGAUGCUAGGUGGGUGGCAUGUGAUGCUAGGUGGGUGGCAUGUGAUGCAAGGUGGGUGGGAUGUGAUGCUAGGUGGGUGGGAUGUGAUGCUAGGUGGGUGGGAUGUGAUGCUAGGUGGGUGGGAUGUGAUGCUAGGUGGGUGGCAUGUGAUGCUAGGUGGGUGGGAUGUGAUGCUAGGUGGGUGGCAUGUGAUGCUAGGUGGGUGGGAUGUGAUGCUAGGUGGGUGGGAUGUGAUGCUAGGUGGGUGGGAUGUGAUGCUAGGUGGGUGGGAUGUGAUGCUAGGUGGGUGGGAUGUGAUGCUAGGUGGGUGGCAUGUGAUGCUAGGUGGGUGGGAUGUGAUGCUAGGUGGGUGGCAUGUGAUGCUAGGUGGGUGGCAUGUGAUGCUAGGUGGGUGGGAUGUGAUGCUAGGUGGGUGGGAUGUGAUGCUAGGUGGGUGGGAUGUGAUGCUAGGUGGGUGGCAUGUGAUGCUAGGUGGGUGGCAUGUGAUGCUAGGUGGGUGGCAUGUGAUGCUAGGUGGGUGGCAUGUGAUGCUAGGUGGGUGGGAUGUGAUGCUAGGUGGGUGGCAUGUGAUGCUAGGUGGAUGGCAUGUGAUGCUAGGUGGGUGGGAUGUGAUGCUAGGUGGGUGGCAUGUGAUGCUAGGUGGGUGGCAUGUGAUGCUAGGUGGGUGGCAUGUGAUGCUAGGUGGGUGGGAUGUGAUGCUAGGUGGGUGGCAUGUGAUGCUAGGUGGGUGGCAUGUGAUGCUAGGUGGGUGGCAUGUGAUGCUAGGUGGGUGGCAUGUGAUGCUAGGUGGGUGGGAUGUGAUGCUAGGUGGGUGGGAUGUGAUGCUAGGUGGGUGGCAUGUGAUGCUAGGUGGGUGGCAUGUGAUGCUAGGUGGGUGGCAUGUGAUGCUAGGUGGGUGGGAUGUGAUGCUAGGUGGGUGGGAUGUGAUGCUAGGUGGGUGGCAUGUGAUGCUAGGUGGAUGGCAUGUGAUGCUAGGUGGGUGGCAUGUGAUGCUAGGUGGGUGGGAUGUGAUGCUAGGUGGGUGGCAUGUGAUGCUAGGUGGGUGGCAUGUGAUGCUAGGUGGGUGGGAUGUGAUGCUAGGUGGGUGGGAUGUGAUGCUAGGUGGGUGGCAUGUGAUGCUAGGUGGGUGGGAUGUGAUGCUAGGUGGGUGGCAUGUGAUGCUAGGUGGGUGGGAUGUGAUGCUAGGUGGGUGGCAUGUGAUGCUAGGUGGGUGGCAUGUGAUGCUAGGUGGGUGGCAUGUGAUGCUAGGUGGGUGGGAUGUGAUGCUAGGUGGGUGGGAUGUGAUGCUAGGUGGGUGGCAUGUGAUGCUAGGUGGGUGGGAUGUGAUGCUAGGUGGGUGGCAUGUGAUGCUAGGUGGGUGGGAUGUGAUGCAAGGUGGGUGGGAUGUGAUGCUAGGUGGAGGGCAUGUGAUGCUAGGUGGGUGGGAUGUGAUGCUAGGUGGGUGGGAUGUGAUGCUAGGUGGGUGGCAUGUGAUGCUAGGUGGAGGGCAUGUGAUGCUAGGUGGGUGGGAUGUGAUGCUAGGUGGGUGGGAUGUGAUGCUAGGUGGGUGGCAUGUGAUGCUAGGUGGAUGGCAUGUGAUGCUAGGUGGGUGGGAUGUGAUGCUAGGUGGGUGGCAUGUGAUGCUAGGUGGGUGGCAUGUGAUGCUAGGUGGGUGGCAUGUGAUGCUAGGUGGGUGGGAUGUGAUGCUAGGUGGGUGGGAUGUGAUGCUAGGUGGGUGGCAUGUGAUGCUAGGUGGAUGGCAUGUGAUGCUAGGUGGGUGGCAUGUGAUGCUAGGUGGGUGGCAUGUGAUGCUAGGUGGAUGGCAUGUGAUGCUAGGUGGGUGGGAUGUGAUGCUAGGUGGAUGGCAUGUGAUGCUAGGUGGGUGGCAUGUGAUGCUAGGUGGGUGGGAUGUGAUGCUAGGUGGGUGGGAUGUGAUGCUAGGUGGGUGGCAUGUGAUGCUAGGUGGGUGGCAUGUGAUGCUAGGUGGGUGGCAUGUGAUGCUAGGUGGGUGGCAUGUGAUGCUAGGUGGGUGGCAUGUGAUGCUAGGUGGAUGGCAUGUGAUGCUAGGUGGGUGGGAUGUGAUGCUAGGUGGGUGGCAUGUGAUGCUAGGUGGGUGGCAUGUGAUGCUAGGUGGGUGGCAUGUGAUGCUAGGUGGGUGGCAUGUGAUGCUAGGUGGGUGGGAUGUGAUGCUAGGUGGGUGGGAUGUGAUGCUAGGUGGGUGGCAUGUGAUGCUAGGUGGAUGGCAUGUGAUGCUAGGUGGGUGGGAUGUGAUGCUAGGUGGGUGGGAUGUGAUGCUAGGUGGGUGGCAUGUGAUGCUAGGUGGGUGGCAUGUGAUGCUAGGUGGGUGGCAUGUGAUGCUAGGUGGGUGGGAUGUGAUGCUAGGUGGGUGGGAUGUGAUGCUAGGUGGGUGGGAUGUGAUGCUAGGUGGGUGGCAUGUGAUGCUAGGUGGGUGGCAUGUGAUGCUAGGUGGGUGGCAUGUGAUGCUAGGUGGGUGGCAUGUGAUGCUAGGUGGGUGGCAUGUGAUGCUAGGUGGGUGGGAUGUGAUGCUAGGUGGGUGGGAUGUGAUGCUAGGUGGGUGGCAUGUGAUGCUAGGUGGGUGGCAUGUGAUGCUAGGUGGGUGGCAUGUGAUGCUAGGUGGGUGGGAUGUGAUGCUAGGUGGGUGGGAUGUGAUGCUAGGUGGGUGGGAUGUGAUGCUAGGUGGGUGGCAUGUGAUGCUAGGUGGGUGGGAUGUGAUGCUAGGUGGGUGGGAUGUGAUGCUAGGUGGGUGGCAUGUGAUGCUAGGUGGGUGGGAUGUGAUGCUAGGUGGGUGGCAUGUGAUGCUAGGUGGGUGGCAUGUGAUGCUAGGUGGGUGGCAUGUGAUGCUAGGUGGGUGGCAUGUGAUGCUAGGUGGGUGGGAUGUGAUGCUAGGUGGGUGGGAUGUGAUGCUAGGUGGGUGGCAUGUGAUGCUAGGUGGGUGGGAUGUGAUGCUAGGUGGGUGGCAUGUGAUGCUAGGUGGGUGGGAUGUGAUGCAAGGUGGGUGGGAUGUGAUGCUAGGUGGAGGGCAUGUGAUGCUAGGUGGGUGGGAUGUGAUGCUAGGUGGGUGGGAUGUGAUGCUAGGUGGGUGGCAUGUGAUGCUAGGUGGAGGGCAUGUGAUGCUAGGUGGGUGGGAUGUGAUGCUAGGUGGGUGGGAUGUGAUGCUAGGUGGGUGGCAUGUGAUGCUAGGUGGAUGGCAUGUGAUGCUAGGUGGGUGGGAUGUGAUGCUAGGUGGGUGGCAUGUGAUGCUAGGUGGGUGGCAUGUGAUGCUAGGUGGGUGGCAUGUGAUGCUAGGUGGGUGGGAUGUGAUGCUAGGUGGGUGGCAUGUGAUGCUAGGUGGAUGGCAUGUGAUGCUAGGUGGGUGGCAUGUGAUGCUAGGUGGGUGGCAUGUGAUGCUAGGUGGAUGGCAUGUGAUGCUAGGUGGGUGGGAUGUGAUGCUAGGUGGAUGGCAUGUGAUGCUAGGUGGGUGGCAUGUGAUGCUAGGUGGGUGGGAUGUGAUGCUAGGUGGGUGGGAUGUGAUGCUAGGUGGGUGGCAUGUGAUGCUAGGUGGGUGGCAUGUGAUGCUAGGUGGGUGGCAUGUGAUGCUAGGUGGGUGGCAUGUGAUGCUAGGUGGGUGGCAUGUGAUGCUAGGUGGAUGGCAUGUGAUGCUAGGUGGGUGGGAUGUGAUGCUAGGUGGGUGGCAUGUGAUGCUAGGUGGGUGGCAUGUGAUGCUAGGUGGGUGGCAUGUGAUGCUAGGUGGGUGGGAUGUGAUGCUAGGUGGGUGGGAUGUGAUGCUAGGUGGGUGGCAUGUGAUGCUAGGUGGAUGGCAUGUGAUGCUAGGUGGGUGGGAUGUGAUGCUAGGUGGGUGGGAUGUGAUGCUAGGUGGGUGGCAUGUGAUGCUAGGUGGGUGGCAUGUGAUGCUAGGUGGGUGGGAUGUGAUGCUAGGUGGGUGGCAUGUGAUGCUAGGUGGGUGGGAUGUGAUGCUAGGUGGGUGGGAUGUGAUGCUAGGUGGGUGGGAUGUGAUGCUAGGUGGGUGGCAUGUGAUGCUAGGUGGGUGGCAUGUGAUGCUAGGUGGGUGGCAUGUGAUGCUAGGUGGGUGGGAUGUGAUGCUAGAUGGGUGGCAUGUGAUGCUAGGUGGGUGGGAUGUGAUGCUAGGUGGGUGGGAUGUGAUGCUAGGUGGGUGGCAUGUGAUGCUAGGUGGGUGGGAUGUGAUGCUAGGUGGGUGGGAUGUGAUGCUAGGUGGGUGGCAUGUGAUGCUAGGUGGGUGGGAUGUGAUGCUAGGUGGGUGGCAUGUGAUGCUAGGUGGAUGGCAUGUGAUGCUAGGUGGGUGGGAUGUGAUGCUAGGUGGGUGGCAUGUGAUGCUAGGUGGGUGGCAUGUGAUGCUAGGUGGGUGGCAUGUGAUGCUAGGUGGGUGGGAUGUGAUGCUAGGUGGGUGGGAUGUGAUGCUAGGUGGGUGGCAUGUGAUGCUAGGUGGAUGGCAUGUGAUGCUAGGUGGGUGGCAUGUGAUGCUAGGUGGGUGGCAUGUGAUGCUAGGUGGGUGGGAUGUGAUGCUAGGUGGGUGGGAUGUGAUGCUAGGUGGGUGGGAUGUGAUGCUAGGUGGGUGGCAUGUGAUGCUAGGUGGGUGGCAUGUGAUGCUAGGUGGGUGGCAUGUGAUGCUAGGUGGGUGGGAUGUGAUGCAAGGUGGGUGGGAUGUGAUGCUAGGUGGGUGGCAUGUGAUGCUAGGUGGGUGGCAUGUGAUGCUAGGUGGGUGGGAUGUGAUGCUAGGUGGGUGGCAUGUGAUGCUAGGUGGGUGGGAUGUGAUGCUAGGUGGGUGGCAUGUGAUGCUAGGUGGGUGGCAUGUGAUGCUAGGUGGGUGGCAUGUGAUGCUAGGUGGGUGGCAUGUGAUGCUAGGUGGGUGGGAUGUGAUGCUAGGUGGGUGGCAUGUGAUGCUAGAUGGGUGGCAUGUGAUGCUAGGUGGGUGGGAUGUGAUGCUAGGUGGGUGGGAUGUGAUGCUAGGUGGGUGGCAUGUGAUGCUAGGUGGGUGGGAUGUGAUGCUAGGUGGGUGGCAUGUGAUGCUAGGUGGAUGGCAUGUGAUGCUAGGUGGGUGGGAUGUGAUGCUAGGUGGGUGGCAUGUGAUGCUAGGUGGGUGGCAUGUGAUGCUAGGUGGGUGGCAUGUGAUGCUAGGUGGGUGGGAUGUGAUGCUAGGUGGGUGGGAUGUGAUGCUAGGUGGGUGGCAUGUGAUGCUAGGUGGAUGGCAUGUGAUGCUAGGUGGGUGGCAUGUGAUGCUAGGUGGGUGGCAUGUGAUGCUAGGUGGAUGGCAUGUGAUGCUAGGUGGGUGGGAUGUGAUGCUAGGUGGAUGGCAUGUGAUGCUAGGUGGGUGGCAUGUGAUGCUAGGUGGGUGGGAUGUGAUGCUAGGUGGGUGGGAUGUGAUGCUAGGUGGGUGGCAUGUGAUGCUAGGUGGGUGGCAUGUGAUGCUAGGUGGGUGGCAUGUGAUGCUAGGUGGGUGGCAUGUGAUGCUAGGUGGGUGGCAUGUGAUGCUAGGUGGAUGGCAUGUGAUGCUAGGUGGGUGGGAUGUGAUGCUAGGUGGGUGGCAUGUGAUGCUAGGUGGGUGGCAUGUGAUGCUAGGUGGGUGGCAUGUGAUGCUAGGUGGGUGGCAUGUGAUGCUAGGUGGGUGGGAUGUGAUGCUAGGUGGGUGGGAUGUGAUGCUAGGUGGGUGGCAUGUGAUGCUAGGUGGAUGGCAUGUGAUGCUAGGUGGGUGGGAUGUGAUGCUAGGUGGGUGGGAUGUGAUGCUAGGUGGGUGGCAUGUGAUGCUAGGUGGGUGGCAUGUGAUGCUAGGUGGGUGGGAUGUGAUGCUAGGUGGGUGGCAUGUGAUGCUAGGUGGGUGGCAUGUGAUGCUAGGUGGGUGGCAUGUGAUGCUAGGUGGGUGGCAUGUGAUGCUAGGUGGGUGGGAUGUGAUGCUAGGUGGGUGGCAUGUGAUGCUAGGUGGGUGGGAUGUGAUGCUAGGUGGGUGGGAUGUGAUGCUAGGUGGGUGGGAUGUGAUGCUAGGUGGGUGGCAUGUGAUGCUAGGUGGGUGGCAUGUGAUGCUAGGUGGGUGGCAUGUGAUGCUAGGUGGGUGGGAUGUGAUGCUAGGUGGGUGGCAUGUGAUGCUAGAUGGGUGGCAUGUGAUGCUAGGUGGGUGGGAUGUGAUGCUAGGUGGGUGGGAUGUGAUGCUAGGUGGGUGGCAUGUGAUGCUAGGUGGGUGGCAUGUGAUGCUAGGUGGGUGGCAUGUGAUGCUAGGUGGGUGGCAUGUGAUGCUAGGUGGGUGGCAUGUGAUGCAAGGUGGGUGGGAUGUGAUGCUAGGUGGGUGGCAUGUGAUGCUAGGUGGGUGGGAUGUGAUGCUAGGUGGGUGGCAUGUGAUGCUAGGUGGAUGGCAUGUGAUGCAAGGUGGGUGGGAUGUGAUGCUAGGUGGGUGGCAUGUGAUGCUAGGUGGAUGGCAUGUGAUGCAAGGUGGGUGGGAUGUGAUGCUAGGUGGGUGGCAUGUGAUGCUAGGUGGAUGGCAUGUGAUGCUAGGUGGGUGGGAUGUGAUGCUAGGUGGGUGGCAUGUGAUGCUAGGUGGGUGGCAUGUGAUGCUAGGUGGGUGGCAUGUGAUGCUAGGUGGGUGGGAUGUGAUGCUAGGUGGGUGGGAUGUGAUGCUAGGUGGGUGGCAUGUGAUGCUAGGUGGAUGGCAUGUGAUGCUAGGUGGGUGGCAUGUGAUGCUAGGUGGGUGGCAUGUGAUGCUAGGUGGAUGGCAUGUGAUGCUAGGUGGGUGGGAUGUGAUGCUAGGUGGAUGGCAUGUGAUGCUAGGUGGGUGGCAUGUGAUGCUAGGUGGGUGGGAUGUGAUGCUAGGUGGGUGGGAUGUGAUGCUAGGUGGGUGGCAUGUGAUGCUAGGUGGGUGGCAUGUGAUGCUAGGUGGGUGGGAUGUGAUGCUAGGUGGGUGGCAUGUGAUGCUAGGUGGGUGGGAUGUGAUGCUAGGUGGGUGGCAUGUGAUGCUAGGUGGGUGGCAUGUGAUGCUAGGUGGGUGGCAUGUGAUGCUAGGUGGGUGGCAUGUGAUGCUAGGUGGGUGGGAUGUGAUGCUAGGUGGGUGGGAUGUGAUGCUAGGUGGGUGGCAUGUGAUGCUAGGUGGGUGGGAUGUGAUGCUAGGUGGGUGGCAUGUGAUGCUAGGUGGAUGGCAUGUGAUGCUAGGUGGGUGGGAUGUGAUGCUAGGUGGGUGGGAUGUGAUGCUAGGUGGGUGGCAUGUGAUGCUAGGUGGGUGGCAUGUGAUGCUAGGUGGGUGGCAUGUGAUGCUAGGUGGGUGGGAUGUGAUGCUAGGUGGGUGGCAUGUGAUGCUAGGUGGGUGGGAUGUGAUGCUAGGUGGGUGGCAUGUGAUGCUAGGUGGGUGGCAUGUGAUGCUAGGUGGGUGGCAUGUGAUGCUAGGUGGGUGGGAUGUGAUGCUAGGUGGGUGGCAUGUGAUGCUAGAUGGGUGGCAUGUGAUGCUAGGUGGGUGGGAUGUGAUGCUAGGUGGGUGGGAUGUGAUGCUAGGUGGGUGGCAUGUGAUGCUAGGUGGGUGGGAUGUGAUGCUAGGUGGGUGGCAUGUGAUGCUAGGUGGGUGGCAUGUGAUGCUAGGUGGGUGGCAUGUGAUGCAAGGUGGGUGGGAUGUGAUGCUAGGUGGGUGGCAUGUGAUGCUAGGUGGGUGGGAUGUGAUGCUAGGUGGGUGGGAUGUGAUGCUAGGUGGGUGGGAUGUGAUGCUAGGUGGGUGGGAUGUGAUGCUAGGUGGGUGGCAUGUGAUGCUAGGUGGGUGGGAUGUGAUGCUAGGUGGGUGGGAUGUGAUGCUAGGUGGGUGGGAUGUGAUGCUAGGUGGGUGGCAUGUGAUGCUAGGUGGGUGGCAUGUGAUGCUAGGUGGGUGGGAUGUGAUGCUAGGUGGGUGGCAUGUGAUGCUAGGUGGGUGGGAUGUGAUGCUAGGUGGGUGGGAUGUGAUGCUAGGUGGGUGGCAUGUGAUGCUAGGUGGGUGGCAUGUGAUGCUAGGUGGGUGGCAUGUGAUGCUAGGUGGGUGGGAUGUGAUGCAAGGUGGGUGGGAUGUGAUGCUAGGUGGGUGGCAUGUGAUGCUAGGUGGGUGGCAUGUGAUGCUAGGUGGGUGGGAUGUGAUGCUAGGUGGGUGGCAUGUGAUGCUAGGUGGGUGGGAUGUGAUGCUAGGUGGGUGGGAUGUGAUGCUAGGUGGGUGGGAUGUGAUGCUAGGUGGGUGGCAUGUGAUGCUAGGUGGGUGGGAUGUGAUGCUAGGUGGGUGGGAUGUGAUGCUAGGUGGGUGGGAUGUGAUGCUAGGUGGGUGGGAUGUGAUGCUAGGUGGGUGGCAUGUGAUGCUAGGUGGGUGGCAUGUGAUGCUAGGUGGGUGGCAUGUGAUGCUAGGUGGGUGGGAUGUGAUGCUAGGUGGGUGGGAUGUGAUGCUAGGUGGGUGGCAUGUGAUGCUAGGUGGGUGGCAUGUGAUGCUAGGUGGGUGGGAUGUCAUGCUAGGUGGGUGGAUGUGAUGCUAGGUGGGUGGGUGGCUGUGAUGCUAGGUGGGUGGCAUGUGGAUGCUAGGUGGGUGGGAUGUCAUGCUAUGUGGGUGGCAUGUGAUGCUAGGUGGGGGGAUGUCAUGCUAGGUGGGAUGGGAUGUGAUGCUAGGUGGGUGGAUGUGAUUCUAGGUGGGUGGCAUGUGAUGACUAGGUGGGUGGCAUGUGAUGCUAGGUGGGUGGGAUGUGAUGCUAGUGUGGGUGGGCAUGUGAUGCCUAGGUGGGUGGCAUGUGAUGCUAGGUGGGUGGCAUGUGAUGCUAGGUGGGUGGGAUGUGAUGCUAGGUGGGUGGGAUGUGAUGCUAGGUGGGUGGCAUGUGAUGCUAGGUGGGUGGCAUGUGAUGCUAGGUGGGUGGAUGUGAUGCUAGGUGGGUGGGAUGUGAUGCUAGGUGGGUGGCAUGUUGAUGCUAGGUGGGUGGAUGUGAUGCUAGGUGGGUGGGAUGUGAUGCUAGGUGGGUGGGAUGUGAUGCUAGGUGGGUGGGAUGUGAUGCUAGGUGGAUGGGAUGUGAUGCUAGGUGGGUGGGAUGUCAUGCUAGGUGGAUGGGAUGUGAUGCUAGGUGGGUGGGAUGUGAUGCUAGGUGGGUGGGAUGUGAUGCUAGGUGGGUGGGAUGUGAUGCUAGGUGGGUGGGAUGUGAUGCUAGGUGGGUGGGAUGUGAUGCUAGGUGGGUGGGAUGUGAUGCUAGGUGGUGGAUGUGAUGCUAGGUGGGUGGGAUGUGAUGCUAUGUGGGUGGCAUGUGAUGCUAGGUGGGUGGGAUGUGAUGCUAGGUGGGUGGGAUGUGAUGCUAGGUGGGUGGGAUGUGAUGCUAGGUGGGUGGCAUGUGAUGCUAGGUGGGUGGCAUGUGAUGCUAGGUGGGUGGCAUGUGAUGCUAGGUGGGUGGGAUGUGAUGCUAGGUGGGUGGCAUGUGAUGCUAGGUGGGUGGCAUGUGAUGCUAGGUGGGUGGGAUGUGAUGCUAGGUGGGUGGGAUGUGAUGCUAGGUGGGUGGGAUGUGAUGCUAGGUGGGUGGGAUGUGAUGCUAGGUGGGUGGGAUGUGAUGCUAGGUGGGUGGCAUGUGAUGCUAGGUGGGUGGCAUGUGAUGCUAGGUGGGUGGCAUGUGAUGCUAGGUGGGUGGGAUGUGAUGCUAGGUGGGUGGGAUGUGAUGCUAGGUGGGUGGGAUGUGAUGCUAGGUGGGUGGGAUGUGAUGCUAGGUGGUGGGAUGUGAUGCUAGGUGGGUGGGAUGUGAUGCUAGGUGGGUGGGAUGUGAUGCUAGGUGGGUGGGAUGUGAUGCUAGGUGGGUGGGAUGUGAUGCUAGGUGGGUGGCAUGUGAUGCUAGGUGGGUGGGAUGUGAUGCUAGGUGGGUGGGAUGUGAUGCUAGGUGGGUGGGAUGUGAUGCUAGGUGGGUGGGAUGUGAUGCUAGGUGGGUGGGAUGUGAUGCUAGGUGGGUGGGAUGUGAUGCUAGGUGGGUGGGAUGUGAUGCUAGUGUGGGAUGUGGCUAUUGAUGCUCUAGGUGGUGGAUGUGAUGCUAGGUGGGUGGGAUGUGAUGCUAGGUGGGUGGCAUGUGAUGCUAGGUGGGUGGGAUGUGAUGCUAGGUGGGUGGAUGUGAUGCUAGGUGGUGGAUGUGAUGCUAGGUGGGUGGCAUGUGAUGCUAGGUGGGUGGCAUGUGAUGCUAGGUGGGUGGGAUGUGAUGCUAGGUGGGUGGCAUGUGAUGCUAGGUGGGUGGGAUGUGAUGCUAGGUGGGUGGCAUGUGAUGCUAGGUGGGUGGGAUGUGAUGCUAGGUGGGUGGGAUGUGAUGCUAGGUGGGUGGGAUGUGAUGCUAGGUGGUGGGCAUGUGAUGCUAGGUGGGUGGAUGUGAUGCUAGGUGGGUGGGAUGUGAUGCUAGGUGGGUGGGAUGUGAUGCUAGGUGGGUGGGAUGUGAUGCUAGGUGGGUGGGAUGUGAUGCUAGGUGGGUGGGAUGUGAUGCUAGGUGGGUGGGAUGUGAUGCUAGGUGGGUGGGAUGUGAUGCUAGGUGGGUGGCAUGUGAUGCUAGGUGGGUGGGAUGUGAUGCUAGGUGGGUGGCAUGUGAUGCUAGGUGGGUGGGAUGUGAUGCUAGGUGGGUGGGAUGUGAUGCUAGGUGGGUGGGAUGUGAUGCUAGGUGGGUGGGAUGUGAUGCUAGGUGGGUGGGAUGUGAUGCUAGGUGGGUGGGAUGUGAUGCUAGGUGGGUGGGAUGUGAUGCUAGGUGGGUGGGAUGUGAUGCUAGGUGGGUGGGAUGUGAUGCUAGGUGGGUGGGAUGUGAUGCUAGGUGGGUGGGAUGUGAUGCUAGGUGGGUGGCAUGUGAUGCUAGGUGGGUGGGCAUGUGAUGCUAGGUGGGUGGAUGGUGAUGCUAGGUGGGUGGAUGUGAUGCUAGGUGGGUGGGAUGUGAUGCUAGGUGGGUGGGAUGUGAUGCUAGGUGGGUGGGAUGUGAUGCUAGGUGGGUGGGAUGUGAUGCUAGGUGGGUGGGAUGUGAUGCUAGGUGGGUGGGAUGUGAUGCUAGGUGGGUGGGAUGUGAUGCUAGGUGGGUGGGAUGUGAUGCUAGGUGGGUGGGAUGUGAUGCUAGGUGGGUGGGAUGUGAUGCUAGGUGGGUGGGAUGUGAUGCUAGGUGGGUGGGAGGUGAUGCUAGGUGGGUGGGAUGUGAUGCUAGGUGGGUGGGAUGUGAUGCUAGGUGGGUGGGAUGUGAUGCUAGGUGGGUGGGAUGUGAUGCUAGGUGGUGGAUGUGAUGCUAGGUGGGUGGGAUGUGAUGCUAGGGGGGUGGAUGUGAUGCUAGGUGAGGUGGCAUGGAUGCUAGGUGGGUGGGAAUGUGAUGCUAGGUGGGGGGCAUGUGAUGCUAUGUGGGUGGCAUGUGAUGCUAGGUGGGUGGAUGGGAUGCUAGGUGGUGGGAUUGAUGCUAGGUGGGUGGAUGUGAUGCUAGGUGGGUGGGAUGUGAUGCUAGGUGGGUGGGAUGUGAUGCUAGGUGGGUGGGAUGUGAUGCUAGGUGGGUGGGAUGUGAUGCUAGGUGGGUGGGAUGUGAUGCUAGGUGGGUGGGAUGUGAUGCUAGGUGGGUGGGAUGUGAUGCUAGGUGGGUGGGAUGUGAUGCUAGGUGGGUGGGCAUGUGAUGCUAGGUGGGUGGCAUGUGAUGCUAGGUGGGUGGCAUGUGAUGCUAGGUGGGUGGCAUGUGAUGCUAGGUGGGUGGGAUGUGAUGCUAGGUGGGUGGAUGUGAUGCUAGGUGGGUGGGAUGUGAUGCUAGGUGGGUGGCAUGUGAUGCUAGGUGGGUGGGAUGGUGAUGCUAGGUGGGUGGGAUGUGAUGCUAGGUGGGUGGAUGUGAUGCUAGGUGGGGGAUGUGAUGCUAGGUGGGUGGCAUGUGAUGCUAGGUGGGUGGAUGUGAUGCUAGGUGGGUGGGAUGUGAUGCUAGGUGGGUGGGCAUGUGAUGCUAGGUGGGUGGGAUGUGAUGCUAGGUGGGUGGCAUGUGAUGCUAGGUGGGUGGGAUGUGAUGCUAGGUGGGUGGGAUGUGAUGCUAGGUGGGUGGCAUGUGAUGCUAGGUGGGUGGCAUGUGAUGCUAGGUGGGUGGAUGUUGAUGCUAGGUGGGUGGAUGUGAUGCUAGGUGGGUGGCAUGUGAUGCUAGGUGGGUGGGAUGUGAUGCUAGGUGGGUGGGAUGUGAUGCUAGGUGGGUGGGAUGUGAUGCUAGGUGGGUGGGAUGUGAUGCUAGGUGGGUGGGAUGUGAUGCUAGGUGGGUGGGAUGUGAUGCUAGGUGGGUGGGAUGUGAUGCUAGGUGGGUGGGAUGUGAUGCUAGGUGGGUGGGAUGUGAUGCUAGGUGGGUGGGAUGUGAUGCUAGGUGGGUGGCAUGUGAUGCUAGGUGGGUGGCAUGUGAUGCUAGGUGGGUGGGCAUGUGAUGCUAGGUGGGUGGCAUGUGAUGCUAGGUGGGUGGAUGUGAUGCUAGGUGGGGUGGCAUGUGAUGCUAGGUGGGUGGAUGUGAUGCUAGGUGGGUGGGAUGUGAUGCUAGGUGGGUGGGAUGUGAUGCUAGGUGGGUGGGAUGUGAUGCUAGGUGGGUGGGAUGUGAUGCUAGGUGGGUGGGAUGUGAUGCUAGGUGGGUGGGAUGUGAUGCUAGGUGGGUGGCAUGUGAUGCUAGGUGGGUGGCAUGUGAUGGCUAUGGUGGUGGCAUGUGAUGCUAGGUGGGUGGGAUGUGAUGCUAGGUGGGUGGCAUGUGAUGCUAGGGGGCUGGCAUGUGAUGCUAGGUGGGUGGCAUGUGAUGCUAGGUGGGUGGCAUGUGAUGCUAGGUGGGUGGGAUGUGAUGCUAGGUGGUGGCAUGUGAUGCUAGGUGGGUGGGAUGUGAUGCUAGGUGGGUGGGAUGUGAUGCUAGGUGGGUGGGAUGUGAUGCUAGGUGGGUGGGAUGUGAUGCUAGGUGGGUGGGAUGUGAUGCUAGGUGGGUGGGAUGUGAUGCUAGGUGGGUGGGAUGUGAUGCUAGGUGGGUGGGAUGUGAUGCUAGGUGGGUGGGAUGUGAUGCUAGGUGGGUGGGAUGUGAUGCUAGGUGGGUGGGAUGUGAUGCUAGGUGGGUGGGAUGUGAUGCUAGGUGGGUGGGAUGUGAUGCUAGGUGGGUGGGAUGUGAUGCUAGGUGGGUGGGAUGUGAUGCUAGGUGGGUGGGAUGUGAUGCUAGGUGGGUGGGAUGUGAUGCUAGGUGGGUGGGAUUGUGAUGCUAGGUGGGUGGGAUGUGAUGCUAGGUGGGUGGCAUGUGAUGCUAGGUGGGUGGCAUGUGAUGCUAGGUGGGUGGCAUGUGAUGCUAGGUGGGUGGGAUGUGAUGCUAGGUGGGUGGCAUGUGAUGCUAGGUGGGUGGGAUGUGAUGCUAGGUGGGUGGGAUGUGAUGCUAGGUGGGUGGCAUGUGAUGCUAGGUGGGUGGCAUGUGAUGCUAGGUGGGUGGGAUGUGAUGCUAGGUGGGUGGCAUGUGAUGCUAGGUGGGUGGGAUGUGAUGCUAGGUGGGUGGGAUGUGAUGCUAGGUGGGUGGAUGUGAUGCUAGGUGGGUGGGAUGUGAUGCUAGGUGGGUGGGAUGUGAUGCUAGGUGGGUGGGAUGUGAUGCUAGGUGGGUGGGAUGUGAUGCUAGGUGGUGGGGAUGUGAUGCUAGGUGGGUGGGAUGUGAUGCUAGGUGGGUGGGAUGUGAUGCUAGGUGGGUGGGAUGUGAUGCUAGGUGGGUGGGAUGUGAUGCUAGGUGGGUGGGAUGUGAUGCUAGGUGGGUGGGAUGUGAUGCUAGGUGGGUGGGAUGUGAUGCUAGGUGGGUGGGAUGUGAUGCUAGGUGGGUGGGAUGUGAUGCUAGGUGGGUGGGAUGUGAUGCUAGGUGGGUGGGAUGUGAUGCUAGGUGGGUGGGAUGUGAUGCUAGGUGGGUGGGAUGUGAUGCUAGGUGGGUGGGAUGUGAUGCUAGGUGGGUGGGAUGUGAUGCUAGGUGGGUGGCAUGUGAUGCUAGGUGGGUGGGAUGUGAUGCUAGGUGGGUGGGAUGUGAUGCUAGGUGGGUGGGAUGUGAUGCUAGGUGGGUGGCAUGUGAUGCUAGGUGGGUGGGAUGUGAUGCUAGGUGGGUGGGAUGUGAUGCUAGGUGGGUGGGAUGUGAUGCUAGGUGGGUGGGAUGUGAUGCUAGGUGGGUGGGAUGUGAUGCUAGGUGGGUGGGAUGUGAUGCUAGGUGGGUGGGCAUGUGAUGCUAGGUGGGUGGGAUGUGAUGCUAGGUGGGUGGGAUGUGAUGCUAGGUGGGUGGGAUGUGAUGCUAGGUGGGUGGGAUGUGAUGCUAGGUGGGUGGGAUGUGAUGCUAGGUGGGUGGGAUGUGAUGCUAGGUGGGUGGCAUGUGAUGCUAGGUGGGUGGCAUGUGAUGCUAGGUGGGUGGCAUGUGAUGCUAGGUGGGUGGCAUGUGAUGCUAGGUGGGUGGCAUGUGAUGCUAGGGGUGGUGGAUGUGAUGCUAGGUGGGUGGCAUGUGAUGCUAGGUGGGUGGGAUGUGAUGCUAGGUGGGUGGGAUGUGAUGCUAGGUGGGUGGGAUGUGAUGCUAGGUGGGUGGGAUGUGAUGCUAGGUGGGUGGCAUGUGAUGCUAGGUGGGUGGGAUGUGAUGCUAGGUGGGUGGCAUGUGAUGCUAGGUGGGUGGGAUGUGAUGCUAGGUGGGUGGGAUGUGAUGCUAGGUGGGUGGCAUGUGAUGCUAGGUGGGUGGGAUGUGAUGCUAGGUGGGUGGGAUUUGAUGCUAGGUGGGUGGCAUGUGAUGCUAGGUGGGUGGCAUGUGAUGCUAGGUGGGUGGGAUGUGAUGCUAGGUGGGUGGCAUGUGAUGCUAGGUGGGUGGGAUGUGAUGCUAGGUGGGUGGCAUGUGAUGCUAGGUGGGUGGCAUGUGAUGCUAGGUGGGUGGGAUGUGAUGCUAGGUGGGUGGCAUGUGAUGCUAGGUGGGUGGCAUGUGAUGCUAGGUGGGUGGCAUGUGAUGCUAGGUGGGUGGCAUGUGAUGCUAGGUGGGUGGCAUGUGAUGCUAGGUGGGUGGGAUGUGAUGCUAGGUGGGUGGCAUGUGAUGCUAGGUGGGUGGCAUGUGAUGCUAGGUGGGUGGCAUGUGAUGCUAGGUGGGUGGGAUGUGAUGCUAGGUGGGUGGCAUGUGAUGCUAGGUGGGUGGCAUGUGAUGCUAGGUGGGUGGGAUGUGAUGCUAGGUGGGUGGGAUGUGAUGCUAGGUGGGUGGCAUGUGAUGCUAGGUGGGUGGGAUGUGAUGCUAGGUUGGUGGGAUGUGAUGCUAGGUGGGUGGGAUGUGAUGCUAGGUGGGUGGAUGUGAUGCUAGGUGGGUGGGAUGUGAUGCUAGGUGGGUGGGAUGUGAUGCUAGGUGGGUGGCAUGUGAUGCUAGGUGGGUGGGAUGUGAUGCUAGGUGGGUGGGAUGUGAUGCUAGGUGGGUGGCAUGUGAUGCUAGGUGGGUGGGAUGUGAUGCUAGGUGGGUGGGAUGUGAUGCUAGGUGGGUGGGAUGUGAUGCUAGGUGGGUGGGAUGUGAUGCUAGGUGGGUGGGAUGUGAUGCUAGGUGGGUGGGAUGUGAUGCUAGGUGGGUGGGAUGUGAUGCUAGGUGGGUGGGAUGUGAUGCUAGGUGGGUGGGAUGUGAUGCUAGGUGGGUGGGAUGUGAUGCUAGGUGGGUGGCAUGUGAUGCUAGGUGGGUGGGAUGUGAUGCUAGGUGGGUGGGAUGUGAUGCUAGGUGGGUGGGAUGUGAUGCUAGGUGGGUGGGAUGUGAUGCUAGGUGGGUGGGAUGUGAUGCUAGGUGGGUGGGAUGUGAUGCUAGGUGGGUGGGAUGUGAUGCUAGGUGGGUGGGAUGUGAUGCUAGGUGGGUGGGAUGUGAUGCUAGGUGGGUGGCAUGUGAUGCUAGGUGGGUGGCAUGUGAUGCUAGGUGGGUGGGAUGUGAUGCUAGGUGGGUGGGAUGUGAUGCUAGGUGGGUGGGAUGUGAUGCUAGGUGGGUGGGAUGUGAUGCUAGGUGGGUGGGAUGUGAUGCUAGGUGGGUGGGAUGUGAUGCUAGGUGGGUGGGAUGUGAUGCUAGGUGGGUGGGAUGUGAUGCUAGGUGGGUGGGAUGUGAUGCUAGGUGGGUGGGAUGUGAUGCUAGGUGGGUGGGAUGUGAUGCUAGGUGGGUGGGAUGUGAUGCUAGGUGGGUGGCAUGUGAUGCUAGGUGGGUGGGAUGUGAUGCUAGGUGGGUGGGAUGUGAUGCUAGGUGGGUGGGAUGUGAUGCUAGGUGGGUGGGAUGUGAUGCUAGGUGGGUGGGAUGUGAUGCUAGGUGGGUGGGAUGUGAUGCUAGGUGGGUGGGAUGUGAUGCUAGGUGGGUGGGAUGUGAUGCUAGGUGGGUGGGAUGUGAUGCUAGGUGGGUGGGAUGUGAUGCUAGGUGGGUGGGAUGUGAUGCUAGGUGGGUGGGAUGUGAUGCUAGGUGGGUGGGAUGUGAUGCUAGGUGGGUGGGAUGUGAUGCUAGGUGGGUGGGAUGUGAUGCUAGGUGGGUGGGAUGUGAUGCUAGGUGGGUGGGAUGUGAUGCUAGGUGGGUGGGAUGUGAUGCUAGGUGGGUGGGAUGUGAUGCUAGGUGGGUGGGAUGUGAUGCUAGGUGGGUGGGAUGUGAUGCUAGGUGGGUGGGAUGUGAUGCUAGGUGGGUGGGAUGUGAUGCUAGGUGGGUGGCAUGUGAUGCUAGGUGGGUGGGAUGUGAUGCUAGGUGGGUGGGAUGUGAUGCUAGGUGGGUGGGAUGUGAUGCUAGGUGGGUGGGAUGUGAUGCUAGGUGGGUGGGAUGUGAUGCUAGGUGGGUGGGAUGUGAUGCUAGGUGGGUGGGAUGUGAUGCUAGGUGGGUGGGAUGUGAUGCUAGGUGGGUGGGAUGUGAUGCUAGGUGGGUGGGAUGUGAUGCUAGGUGGGUGGGAUGUGAUGCUAGGUGGGUGGGAUGUGAUGCUAGGUGGGUGGGAUGUGAUGCUAGGUGGGUGGGAUGUGAUGCUAGGUGGGUGGGAUGUGAUGCUAGGUGGGUGGGAUGUGAUGCUAGGUGGGUGGGAUGUGAUGCUAGGUGGGUGGGAUGUGAUGCUAGGUGGGUGGGAUGUGAUGCUAGGUGGGUGGGAUGUGAUGCUAGGUGGGUGGGAUGUGAUGCUAGGUGGGUGGGAUGUGAUGCUAGGUGGGUGGGAUGUGAUGCUAGGUGGGUGGGAUGUGAUGCUAGGUGGGUGGGAUGUGAUGCUAGGUGGGUGGGAUGUGAUGCUAGGUGGGUGGGAUGUGAUGCUAGGUGGGUGGGAUGUGAUGCUAGGUGGGUGGGAUGUGAUGCUAGGUGGGUGGGAUGUGAUGCUAGGUGGGUGGGAUGUGAUGCUAGGUGGGUGGGAUGUGAUGCUAGGUGGGUGGGAUGUGAUGCUAGGUGGGUGGGAUGUGAUGCUAGGUGGGUGGCAUGUGAUGCUAGGUGGGUGGGAUGUGAUGCUAGGUGGGUGGGAUGUGAUGCUAGGUGGGUGGGAUGUGAUGCUAGGUGGGUGGCAUGUGAUGCUAGGUGGGUGGGAUGUGAUGCUAGGUGGGUGGGAUGUGAUGCUAGGUGGGUGGGAUGUGAUGCUAGGUGGGUGGGAUGUGAUGCUAGGUGGGUGGGAUGUGAUGCUAGGUGGGUGGGAUGUGAUGCUAGGUGGGUGGCAUGUGAUGCUAGGUGGGUGGGAUGUGAUGCUAGGUGGGUGGGAUGUGAUGCUAGGUGGGUGGGAUGUGAUGCUAGGUGGGUGGGAUGUGAUGCUAGGUGGGUGGGAUGUGAUGCUAGGUGGGUGGCAUGUGAUGCUAGGUGGGUGGGAUGUGAUGCUAGGUGGGUGGGAUGUGAUGCUAGGUGGGUGGGAUGUGAUGCUAGGUGGGUGGGAUGUGAUGCUAGGUGGGUGGGAUGUGAUGCUAGGUGGGUGGGAUGUGAUGCUAGGUGGGUGGGAUGUGAUGCUAGGUGGGUGGGAUGUGAUGCUAGGUGGGUGGGAUGUGAUGCUAGGUGGGUGGGAUGUGAUGCUAGGUGGGUGGGAUGUGAUGCUAGGUGGGUGGGAUGUGAUGCUAGGUGGGUGGGAUGUGAUGCUAGGUGGGUGGGAUGUGAUGCUAGGUGGGUGGGAUGUGAUGCUAGGUGGGUGGGAUGUGAUGCUAGGUGGGUGGGAUGUGAUGCUAGGUGGGUGGGAUGUGAUGCUAGGUGGGUGGCAUGUGAUGCUAGGUGGGUGGGAUGUGAUGCUAGGUGGGUGGGAUGUGAUGCUAGGUGGGUGGGAUGUGAUGCUAGGUGGGUGGGAUGUGAUGCUAGGUGGGUGGGAUGUGAUGCUAGGUGGGUGGGAUGUGAUGCUAGGUGGGUGGGAUGUGAUGCUAGGUGGGUGGGAUGUGAUGCUAGGUGGGUGGGAUGUGAUGCUAGGUGGGUGGCAUGUGAUGCUAGGUGGGUGGGAUGUGAUGCUAGGUGGGUGGGAUGUGAUGCUAGGUGGGUGGGAUGUGAUGCUAGGUGGGUGGGAUGUGAUGCUAGGUGGGUGGGAUGUGAUGCUAGGUGGGUGGGAUGUGAUGCUAGGUGGGUGGGAUGUGAUGCUAGGUGGGUGGGAUGUGAUGCUAGGUGGGUGGGAUGUGAUGCUAGGUGGGUGGGAUGUGAUGCUAGGUGGGUGGGAUGUGAUGCUAGGUGGGUGGGAUGUGAUGCUAGGUGGGUGGGAUGUGAUGCUAGGUGGGUGGGAUGUGAUGCUAGGUGGGUGGGAUGUGAUGCUAGGUGGGUGGGAUGUGAUGCUAGGUGGGUGGGAUGUGAUGCUAGGUGGGUGGGAUGUGAUGCUAGGUGGGUGGGAUGUGAUGCUAGGUGGGUGGCAUGUGAUGCUAGGUGGGUGGGAUGUGAUGCUAGGUGGGUGGGAUGUGAUGCUAGGUGGGUGGGAUGUGAUGCUAGGUGGGUGGGAUGUGAUGCUAGGUGGGUGGGAUGUGAUGCUAGGUGGGUGGGAUGUGAUGCUAGGUGGGUGGGAUGUGAUGCUAGGUGGGUGGGAUGUGAUGCUAGGUGGGUGGGAUGUGAUGCUAGGUGGGUGGGAUGUGAUGCUAGGUGGGUGGGAUGUGAUGCUAGGUGGGUGGGAUGUGAUGCUAGGUGGGUGGGAUGUGAUGCUAGGUGGGUGGCAUGUGAUGCUAGGUGGGUGGGAUGUGAUGCUAGGUGGGUGGGAUGUGAUGCUAGGUGGGUGGGAUGUGAUGCUAGGUGGGUGGGAUGUGAUGCUAGGUGGGUGGGAUGUGAUGCUAGGUGGGUGGGAUGUGAUGCUAGGUGGGUGGGAUGUGAUGCUAGGUGGGUGGGAUGUGAUGCUAGGUGGGUGGGAUGUGAUGCUAGGUGGGUGGGAUGUGAUGCUAGGUGGGUGGCAUGUGAUGCUAGGUGGGUGGGAUGUGAUGCUAGGUGGGUGGGAUGUGAUGCUAGGUGGGUGGGUGGAUGUGAUGCUAGGUGGGUGGCAUGUGAUGCUAGGUGGGUGGGAUGUGAUGCUAGGUGGGUGGCAUGUGAUGCUAGGUGGGUGGGAUGUGAUGCUAGGUGGGUGGGAUGUGAUGCUAGGUGGGUGGGAUGUGAUGCUAGGUGGGUGGGAUGUGAUGCUAGGUGGGUGGGAUGUGAUGCUAGGUGGGUGGGAUGUGAUGCUAGGUGGGUGGGAUGUGAUGCUAGGUGGGUGGGAUGUGAUGCUAGGUGGGUGGGUGGCAUGUGAUGCUAGGUGGGUGGGAUGUGAUGCUAGGUGGGUGGCAUGUGAUGCUAGGUGGGUGGGAUGUGAUGCUAGGUGGGUGGCAUGUGAUGCUAGGUGGGUGGGAUGUGAUGCUAGGUGGGUGGCAUGUGAUGCUAGGUGGGUGGCAUGUGAUGCUAGGUGGGUGGCAUGUGAUGCUAGGUGGGUGGCAUGUGAUGCUAGGUGGGUGGGAUGUGAUGCUAGGUGGGUGGCAUGUGAUGCUAGGUGGGUGGCAUGUGAUGCUAGGUGGGUGGCAUGUGAUGCUAGGUGGGUGGGAUGUGAUGCUAGGUGGGUGGGAUGUGAUGCUAGGUGGGUGGGAUGUGAUGCUAGGUGGGUGGCAUGUGAUGCUAGGUGGGUGGCAUGUGAUGCUAGGUGGGUGGCAUGUGAUGCUAGGUGGGUGGGAUGUGAUGCUAGGUGGGUGGCAUGUGAUGCUAGGUGGGUGGCAUGUGAUGCUAGGUGGGUGGGAUGUGAUGCUAGGUGGGUGGGAUGUGAUGCUAGGUGGGUGGGAUGUGAUGCUAGGUGGGUGGGAUGUGAUGCUAGGUGGGUGGCAUGUGAUGCUAGGUGGGUGGAUGUGAUGCUAGGUGGGUGGGAUGUGAUGCUAGGUGGGUGGGAUGUGAUGCUAGGUGGGUGGGAUGUGAUGCUAGGUGGGUGGGAUGUGAUGCUAGGUGGGUGGGAUGUGAUGCUAGGUGGGUGGGAUGUGAUGCUAGGUGGGUGGGAUGUGAUGCUAGGUGGGUGGGAUGUGAUGCUAGGUGGGUGGGAUGUGAUGCUAGGUGGGUGGGAUGUGAUGCUAGGUGGGUGGGAUGUGAUGCUAGGUGGGUGGGAUGUGAUGCUAGGUGGGUGGGAUGUGAUGCUAGGUGGGUGGGAUGUGAUGCUAGGUGGGUGGGAUGUGAUGCUAGGUGGGUGGGAUGUGAUGCUAGGUGGGUGGGAUGUGAUGCUAGGUGGGUGGGAUGUGAUGCUAGGUGGGUGGGAUGUGAUGCUAGGUGGGUGGGAUGUGAUGCUAGGUGGGUGGGAUGUGAUGCUAGGUGGGUGGGAUGUGAUGCUAGGUGGGUGGGAUGUGAUGCUAGGUGGGUGGGAUGUGAUGCUAGGUGGGUGGGAUGUGAUGCUAGGUGGGUGGCAUGUGAUGCUAGUGGGUGGGGAUGUGAUGCUAGGUGGGUGGGAUGUGAUGCUAGGUGGGUGGCAUGUGAUGCUAGGGGUGGGUGGAUGUGAUGCUAGGUGGGUGGGAUGUGAUGCUAGGUGGGUGGGAUGUGAUGCUAGGUGGGUGGAUGUGAUGCUAGGUGGGUGGGAUGUGAUGCUAGGUGGGUGGGAUGUGAUGCUAGGUGGGUGGGAUGUGAUGCUAGGUGGGUGGGAUGUGAUGCUAGGUGGGUGGGAUGUGAUGCUAGGUGGGUGGGAUGUGAUGCUAGGUGGGUGGGAUGUGAUGCUAGGUGGGUGGGAUGUGAUGCUAGGUGGGUGGGAUGUGAUGCUAGGUGGGUGGCAUGUGAUGCUAGGUGGGUGGGAUGUGAUGCUAGGUGGGUGGCAUGUGAUGCUAGGUGGGUGGGAUGUGAUGCUAGGUGGGUGGGAUGUGAUGCUAGGUGGGUGGGAUGUGAUGCUAGUGGUGGUGGGAUGUGAUGCUAGGUGGGUGGGAUGUGAUGCUAGGUGGGUGGGAUGUGAUGCUAGGUGGGUGGGAUGUGAUGCUAGGUGGGUGGCAUGUGAUGCUAGGUGGGUGGGAUGUGAUGCUAGGUUGGUGGGAUGUGAUGCUAGGUGGGUGGGAUGUGAUGCUAGGUGGGUGGCAUGUGAUGCUAGGUGGGUGGCAUGUGAUGCUAGGUGGGUGGGAUGUGAUGCUAGGUGGGUGGGAUGUGAUGCUAGGUGGGUGGGAUGUGAUGCUAGGUGGGUGGGAUGUGAUGCUAGGUGGGUGGGAUGUGAUGCUAGGUGGGUGGAUGUGAUGCUAGGUGGGUGGCAUGUGAUGCUAGGUGGGUGGGAUGUGAUGCUAGGUGGGUGGGAUGUGAUGCUAGGUGGGUGGGAUGUGAUGCUAGGUGGGUGGGAUGUGAUGCUAGGUGGGUGGGAUGUGAUGCUAGGUGGGUGGGAUGUGAUGCUAGGUGGGUGGGAUGUGAUGCUAGGUGGGUGGGAUGUGAUGCUAGUGUGGGAUGUGAUGCUAGGUGGGUGGGAUGUGAUGCUAGGUGGGUGGGAUGUGAUGCUAGGUGGGUGGGAUGUGAUGCUAGUGGUGGGUGCAUGUGAUGCUAGGUGGGUGGGAUGUGAUGCUAGGUGGGUGGGAUGUGAUGCUAGGUGGGUGGCAUGUGAUGCUAGGUGGGUGGGAUGUGAUGCUAGGUGGGUGGGAUGUGAUGGGGGGGGGGGAUGUGAUGCUAGGUGGGUGGCAUGUGAUGCUAGGUGGGUGGGAUGUGAUGCUAGGUGGGUGGGAUGUGAUGCUAGGUGGGUGGCAUGUGAUGCUAGGUGGGUGGCAUGUGAUGCUAGGUGGGUGGCAUGUGAUGCUAGGUGGGUGGCAUGUGAUGCUAGGUGGGUGGGAUGUGAUGAUAGGUGGGUGGGAUGUGAUGCUAGGUGGGUGGGAUGUGAUGCUAGGUGGGUGGCAUGUGAUGCUAGGUGGGUGGCAUGUGAUGCUAGGUGGGUGGCAUGUGAUGCUAGGUGGGUGGCAUGUGAUGCUAGGUGGGUGGCAUGUGAUGCUAGGUGGGUGGCAUGUGAUGCUAGGUGGGUGGCAUGUGAUGCUAGGUGGGUGGGAUGUGAUGCUAGGUGGGUGGGAUGUGAUGCUAGGUGGGUGGGAUGUGAUGCUAGGUGGGUGGCAUGUGAUGCUAGGUGGGUGGGAUGUGAUGCUAGGUGGGUGGGAUGUGAUGCUAGGUGGGUGGCAUGUGAUGCUAGGUUGGUGGGAUGUGAUGCUAGGUGGGUGGGAUGUGAUGCUAGGUGGGUGGGAUGUGAUGCUAGGUGGGUGGGAUGUGAUGCUAGGUGGGUGGCAUGUGAUGCUAGGUGGGUGGCAUGUGAUGCUAGGUGGGUGGCAUGUGAUGCUAGGUGGGUGGCAUGUGAUGCUAGGUGGGUGGCAUGUGAUGCUAGGUGGGUGGGAUGUGAUGCUAGGUGGGUGGGAUGUGAUGCUAGGUGGGUGGGAUGUGAUGCUAGGUGGGUGGCAUGUGAUGCUAGGUGGGUGGCAUGUGAUGCUAGGUGGGUGGCAUGUGAUGCUAGGUGGGUGGGAUGUGAUGCUAGGUGGGUGGGAUGUGAUGCUAGGUGGGUGGGAUGUGAUGCUAGGUGGGUGGGAUGUGAUGCUAGGUGGGUGGGAUGUGAUGCUAGGUGGGUGGGAUGUGAUGCUAGGUGGGUGGCAUGUGAUGCUAGGUGGGUGGGAUGUGAUGCUAGGUGGGUGGGAUGUGAUGCUAGGUGGGUGGCAUGUGAUGCUAGGUGGGUGGGAUGUGAUGCUAGGUGGGUGGGAUGUGAUGCUAGGUGGGUGGCAUGUGAUGCUAGGUGGGUGGGAUGUGAUGCUAGGUGGGUGGCAUGUGAUGCUAGGUGGGUGGCAUGUGAUGCUAGGUGGGUGGCAUGUGAUGCUAGGUGGGUGGCAUGUGAUGCUAGGUGGGUGGCAUGUGAUGCUAGGUGGGUGGCAUGUGAUGCUAGGUGGGUGGGAUGUGAUGCUAGGUGGGUGGGAUGUGAUGCUAGGUGGGUGGGAUGUGAUGCUAGGUGGGUGGCAUGUGAUGCUAGGUGGGUGGGAUGUGAUGCUAGGUGGGUGGAUGUGAUGCUAGGUGGGUGGGAUGUGAUGCUAGGUGGGUGGGAUGUGAUGCUAGGUGGGUGGGAUGUGAUGCUAGGUGGGUGGGAUGUGAUGCUAGGUGGGUGGGAUGUGAUGCUUGGUGGGUGGCAUGUGAUGCUAGGUGGGUGGGAUGUGAUGCUAGGUGGGUGGGAUGUGAUGCUAGGUGGGUGGGAUGUGAUGCUAGGUGGGUGGCAUGUGAUGCUAGGUGGGUGGGAUGUGAUGCUAGGUGGGUGGGAUGUGAUGCUAGGUGGGUGGGAUGUGAUGCUAGGUGGGUGGGAUGUGAUGCUAGGUGGGUGGGAUGUGAUGCUAGGUGGGUGGGAUGUGAUGCUAGGUGGGUGGGAUGUGAUGCUAGGUGGGUGGGAUGUGAUGCUAGGUGGGUGGGAUGUGAUGCUAGGUGGGUGGGAUGUGAUGCUAGGUGGGUGGCAUGUGAUGCUAGGUGGGUGGCAUGUGAUGCUAGGUGGGUGGGAUGUGAUGCUAGGUGGGUGGGAUGUGAUGCUAGGUGGGUGGGAUGUGAUGCUAGGUGGGUGGGAUGUGAUGCUAGGUGGGUGGGAUGUGAUGCUAGGUGGGUGGGAUGUGAUGCUAGGUGGGUGGGAUGUGAUGCUAGGUGGGUGGGAUGUGAUGCUAGGUGGGUGGGAUGUGAUGCUAGGUGGGUGGGAUGUGAUGCUAGGGUGGGUGGCAUGUGAUGCUAGGUGGGGGGAUGUGAUGCUAGGUGGGUGGGAUGUGAUGCUAGGUGGGUGGGAUGUGAUGCUAGGUGGGUGGGAUGUGAUGCUAGGUGGGUGGGAUGUGAUGCUAGGUGGGUGGGAUGUGAUGCUAGGUGGGUGGGAUGUGAUGCUAGGUGGGUGGGAUGUGAUGCUAGGUGGGUGGGAUGUGAUGCUAGGUGGGUGGGAUGUGAUGCUAGGUGGGUGGGAUGUGAUGCUAGGUGGGGUGGUGGGUGGGUGUGAUGCUAGGUGGUGGGAUGUGAUGCUAGGUGGGUGGGAUGUGAUGCUAGGUGGGUGGGAUGUGAUGCUAGGUGGGUGGGAUGUGAUGCUAGGUGGGUGGGAUGUGAUGCUAGGUGGGUGGGAUGUGAUGCUAGGGGGGUGGGAUGUGAUGCUAGGUGGGUGGGAUGUGAUGCUAGGUGGGUGGAUGUGA